UAUAAAAACAAAUGAAAGCCACAAUGAAUAAACUUAGUUGGUACGUCUCAACAGUAGGGAGCGUAGUUUUUGUCUAGUACGUCGUCGAGCCAAAAUGGCGGCCGCGUUAACUGUCGAACAAGAACAAGCAACAAAGGAAUUUAUAGAAGCAGUUAACAAGUGUCGGGCAGGUCGACGUGCAGGUCCAGUGUCAUGGAGCGCAGCCGUAAAGUUCCUAGCUGCUCGAAAAUUUGAAGUUGCAAGAGCUUUGGCACUUUACGAACAGCAUGAAGCUACCAGAAAACGAGAAGGUUUAGCCCUUUUGCAACCCACUCAGGAACCACUUUUGAGUGAACUACGAACAGGAAAAUUUACAGUUUUGCCUUCGAGAGAUGCGACUGGAGCAGCCAUAGCUAUAUUUACAGCACAUUCACAUCUUCCCCAAAAUACCACACAUCAGACUACCUUACAGGGUGUUGUUUAUCAACUUGAUGCCGCACUUGAGAGUUCAGAGACACAAAGGCACGGAUUAGUGUUCAUUUACGAUAUGUCUGACAGUAAAUACCAAAAUUUUGAUUACGACUUGUCACAGAAGAUUCUCACACUGUUAAAGGGUGCUUAUCCGGCAAAAUUGAAGAAAGUACUCAUUGUUACGGCUCCAUUGUGGUUCAAGGCACCAUUCAAAAUUCUUCGAUUGUUUGUAAGAGAAAAAUUGCGAGACAGAGUUUUUACAGUAUCCAUUCCUCAAUUAACGCUUCAUAUACCACGAGAUUCUUUACCACGUCGUUUAGGUGGUUCCUUGGAAAUUCAGCAUGAAGCAUGGCUUCUACACUGUCUUAAAUCUAUGACGAAUCGGGGAGGGGGUGAACUUUGCGAGGUUUCCCCGCGGGCGGGUACUCCUCUUUCUCCGACGUCAAAAAACCAUACGGUGCAUCAGAGUCCAAAUGGAACUCCAAUUAGCAAUCCAACUAGUCCUAUGGCGGAUAAGAAUAAAAUCAAAAAUGGUAUGGCAAAUAUUGGAGACAUUGAGAUUACAAAUGGCGACACGUGGAGUGGAAAUGAUGAAGCUCCAUCACCAGUACAGCCUCCGUCCUCAGCCAGCUCGGGCUUCAGCGAUGAUGAUAGCCUUCAUGGUGACUUGGGUCUUCAGGCAGUCAGCAUGGAACAACUCGUUGAGUCAAUACAUUCAAGAGGCCGCGCUGGGCUCGUAGCAGAGUAUGCUGAAAUUAGACAAAGACCGCCCGAGGGUACCUUCAACAAUGCGAAGAUUAGAUCGAACCAAUCAAAGAACAGAUACACAGAUGUUUUGUGCUACGACCAUAGCAGAGUUUGUUUAUCUCUAUUAGAUGGUGAUUCAACUUCUGAUUAUAUUAAUGCAAAUUUCGUUGAUGGUUAUAAACAAAGAAAUGCGUUUAUAAGUACUCAGGGUCCAUUACCAAAAACUUGUGGCGAUUUUUGGCGAAUGAUCUGGGAACAACAAACACUUGUCAUCGUCAUGACAACUAGGGUAGUCGAGAGAGGGCGUACAAAGUGUGCACAAUAUUGGGGUCCGGAACCUGGAGAUGAAGUUUCAGCAGGUGGUUUUACUGUGACCACUUUGGAAGUGGACACGAAUCCAGAUUACACAGUAUCGAAACUCUUACUCGCCAAUAACAAGACUGAAGAGACAAGAGAGGUUUGUCACAUGUUGUAUACUGCUUGGCCAGAUUAUGGAGUACCUCAGUCGGCUAGGGCUUUAUUGCAGUUCCUUUCGUUAGUACGACAACAGCAAAAUUCACUUUUAACUAAUAGAGGCGAUACCUGGGCUGGACAUCCUCGCGGACCUCCUAUUGUUGUACAUUGCAGUGCAGGUAUCGGCAGAACAGGAACAUUUUGUACUUUGGAUAUUUGCAUAUCGCGACUGGAGGACACGAGUACUGUAGAUAUCCGAGGAACAGUUGAAAGAAUUCGAACACAGAGGGCUUACAGUAUUCAAAUGCCAGACCAAUAUGUCUUUUGUCAUCGUGCACUGGCGGAAUAUGCACUUUCCAGAGGGAUUCUGAGUCCACAGCAUCUUGCCAUGUUACCACCCACAAUCGAAGAGGACUCCGAUUAGGUUUAUAAUUUUUAUUAGAGAAACGAACACAAUUUUAGAUUGAUAUACUUACCAUAAAUAGGUAUAUUCUUGAAUUUCCCUUCCAUUUUUGUCAGGUUUGAAACCAAAUCAUCGCACAGAUAACGAAAGAAAAAUAAUGUCAUUAUUAUCAUUGUCAUUUUUCUAACUUUCCAAUAUUUCUCAUGUUCUCGUAAGUCGGCCUGUUAGCUAGGGAAGACAAAGAAAAUCCCCGUUAAGUUUCAAAAAUAUAACAAAUCAUUAAAUGCAAAUCAAUCAAAAUGAAUGGAUCAAACAGAAUAACCAAGUUGCGUACCAUGGUGAAAAAGAACCUAAAAGUUUCCGAAUUGCGUACAAGGAUUUAUUAUACUUGAACGUAUGACUCCUCCGUUCUUUUUUCCCUUUAUGUUUCCCUUCAACUGCUGAGAGGGGAUUUAACUAGAGAUAAGGGCUUCCUAACAUAUAAUUUUAUUAUAUUAUGUUCUAAUUCACUUUAAAAUAAUAAUAAUAAUCUACCUUUGGAAUAAUAACAAAAGAAUUAUUGUCUUAAGGACAUGUCCAAGUUGUGAAAUGUAAACAAACCAAAAAGUAAACAAACCAAGCACUAAAAUCGCAAUUUUGCGACAGCCGAUUCUCCCGCAAAAAUUAACAUUUUUAC